AUGGAUAUCAUGCGACAUAUUGGCGAACAUGGAAAUUAUAACAAACAGGCAUCAUCAUGCAGACAGACAUCAGGAAAACAUCAGGAGAACAUCAAGAGAACAUUAGAAGAACAUCAGGAGAACAUAAGAGAACAUCAGGCGAACAUCAGGAGAACAUCAGGAGAACAUCAGGAGAACAUCAAGAGAACAUUAGAAGAACAUCAGGAGAACAUAAGAGAACAUCAGGAGAACAUCAAGAGAACAUUAGAAGAACAUCAGGAGAACAUCAGGAGAACAUCAGGAGAACAUCAGGAGAACAUCAGGAGAACAUCAGGAGAACAUAAGAGAACAUCAGGAGGACAUCAAGAGAACAUUAGAAGAACUUCAGAAGAACAUCAGGAAAACAUCAGAAGAACAUCAGAAGAACAUCAGGAGAACAUCAGGAGAACAUCAAGAGAACAUCAGGAGAACAUCAGGAAAACAUCAGAAGAACAUCAGAAGAACAUCAGGAGAACAUCGGAAGAACAUCAGAAGAGCAUCAGAAGAACAUGA